UCUAGAACAAUUAUUCUUUCUCAUCUUCAAAAGUAACAACAAAAAAUGCCAAUUUACUCCUCAGAUUCAGAUGAUGCACAGACGCCUUCAAUCCCAAGAAGAUUGUUUGGAAGAGAAAAGCCAUUGCAUUCCCUUUUCGGAGGAGGGAGAGCUGCUGACAUAUUGCUAUGGAGAGAGAAGAAUUUAUCAGCAGCAAUAUUAAUUGGAUCGACAGUGAUUUGGUCUUUAUUUGAAGUUGGAGAAUACAACUUCAUCACUCUUCUUUGCUACAUUUUCAUGACUACUAUGUUAAUUUUGUUCAUAUGGUCUUCGGGUGCAGGCAUAAUUGAAUGGAAUCCUCCUCAGCCAAUUACAAUCCCCGAAUCCACAUUUCGAUGGCUGUUUGCGGAAAUCAAUAGAUUUUUAUACAAAUUUUAUUACAUUUCUUGUGGGCAAGACUUGAAGACCUUCUUUGUGACGAUCGCAAUUCUGUGGAUAAUAUCGGGGAUAGGAAACUACUUCAGCUCCUUGAACCUGUUAUACCUUGGAUUUGUUUGCGUGAUGACUUUACCGGCACUGUACGAACGGUAUCAAGAUGAGGUGGAUUAUUUGGCGGGAAGAGGAAGCAGGGAUGUCAAGAAAAUAUAUAGGAAAAUUGAUCGUAGAUUUCUUAACAAGAUUCCAAGAGGCCCAGUCAAGGAUAAGAAGAAAUAUUGAAUUACACUAUACUACUAAUCCUUAUAUGUGAAAUAUUUGAAAUUGGUGGGCUGGCUCACUUAAUUAAAUUUGUGUUGUAUGCACCUAUAUACAUGUAUGGGAGAUCCAUUGAUACUUUAUUUCAAACUCA